AAAAGAUCAGCUCAUCCCUUAUUAUAUCCAAUAGAUUACUGUGCUCUACAGGAUAUAAUCUCAUCAGGAGGUCCAUUCCAUACAAUAUAGGAAUUGGGCCAUUAGCGUGGUAGUACAUACCCUUUGGGACUCCCUCCAGAUAGGCACUGUCUCUAUUGUCUUUUCAGUCCCUACUGAAGACCUUCCUUUUUCAACAGAAUGUGAUGGUUCCCAAGAUUGAAAUGGAUCCCAUGCAGAAGAACACUCACAUCCUUGUUGGUGUUACUGGAAGUGUGGCUGCUUUAAAGUUGCCUAUUCUUGUAUCAGAGCUUCUAAAGAUACCUGGGGUGGAAGUGCGGGUGGUGACUACCGAGAACGCAAAGCACUUCUAUAACCCCCAGGAGGUCCCUGUGACCCUCUACAGCGAUUCUGAUGAAUGGCAGCUGUGGAAAAAGCGUGAGGAUCCUGUGCUGCAUAUUGACCUGAGGCGCUGGGCUGACCUUUUGCUGGUGGCUCCUCUGGAUGCAAACACCCUGGCCAAAAUGGCCAAUGGCCUCUGCGACAACUUACUGACAUGCGUCAUCCGCGCCUGGGAUCUCAGCAAGCCGCUGCUCUUCUGCCCCGCCAUGAACACCGCCAUGUGGGAGCACCCCAUCACUGCUCAGCAGGUGGAUCGGCUCAAGAGCUUUGGCUAUGUGGAAGUUCCUUGCAUUGUGAAGAAACUCAUCUGUGGAGAUGAAGAGAUGGCAUGUCAGUUCCGCCCCAUUGAUGUCCCAAGUGAGAAGGUUUGCAGGUUUGAAAUGGACCAUUGGUCAGUAUUGUCUACACUGACUGAGGCUCCCCAUGGAUAAGGAGUCUCUCCCAGUCCUAUAUGAAGAUGCCAGGGAAUGAAACUGGGGCUGUCGGCGCAUGAAGCAGAUUCUCUACCAUGGAGCUGCGACCAUCCCCCACUGAGAUGCUUUCGAGUAUUCUUAGAAUUUCACAUACAUUAUCUUGUAAACCUCAGAGUAACCCUGCAAGGUAGAUUGGGAUCAGUUAUCUCCAUCCUGCAGACGGAGGGCUGCGGUGGAGAGAUUGACGCUUGCCUCGGAGUCGCCACGUGACUUCCUGCCUGCGUCGUCGACAGGGCUCUCCGUCUAUGUCCGCCAGCAGUUUUAAAAUAUUUUCACUGGGCCCGCCUUGACUAUAAAGGAACGUGAAAGCCCGGGCUUCAGGCGUCAGUCUCAGCGAGUGUCGAAACCUUUCGACAUUUGCCUUGUUUGCCACCUGCCAGAAAAGAGGGAGGACAAAGGCUGCCCACCCAAACUGAUUUAUGGAUUAGCACACUUUGCAGCCAAGUGCCUGCAGGCAUUGUAAAGGAAAACAAACAAGGGCCACAGAAUGGAUGAAAGCUGUUUGCUUUAGAGCUGAGGAUUGCUACGCUGCCCAACCCAGUAUGUAAAUCACGGGUGGGGACUGGGGACCAAAUGAGGCCCUCCAGGUAAUAAUAAUAAUAAUAAUGAUGAAGGUUUUAUUAUUUGUACCCCACCCAUCUGAGCGGGUUGCCCCGGCCACUCUGGGCAGCUUCCAGAAUAUACAGAAACAUAAUGAAACACUGAACAUUAAAACAGGGCUACCUUCAGAAAUUUACAUGAA